AUGUGGGGAAAUGAAAUAAUGUCUAAAGUCCAAGAACUGAGAGUUUUUGUGAACCAGAGACUGAGUGCAGCUGCUGAGGAGAUCUUUGAGCUGUUUGAAAGAACGAUAUUAGAGUACGAGGAGAAACUCUGUGGAUCUAAAGAGAAUCAACACAAACUUGUGGAGGCUGUUUUUAACCCUGAAGUCCGCUUAAACAGAGCAGGUUUGGACUAAUUUUAUUUAAAACUUUGUCUCCCCCAGAUCUAAUCAAUAUAUCAAAUUUAUCUAUUUACUUUAAACAACACCAGUCUGUAGUGGUGUAUUUAUAAUAUUUAGAACAAGGUCCAUUUAUCCAAAGAAAAUACUUAUCCAAUCCACUUUAUUUAUAUCAUAUUUUAAAAAACAUUCAAGUUCACCAAAGUGCUGCACAAUAAAUUUAAAAGAACAGAAAAUGCUGAAAACAUCAAGAUGAAAUAAAUAAAUGCAGGUUAAAAAAACCCCAAUUAAAAUGAAAUAAAAUAAAUAGAAUAAAAACAAAAUAAAUAAAACUGAUAAAAGGACAGAGAUCACACAACUCUCAUGCUGAGCUAAAAGCCAAGGAAUAAAAACGAGUUUUAAGACGUUUACUGAGAUGGUCUUCGGUCAAAAACAAACAUAUGUUUUGUUUCUCUCAGCUGUUUCAACCUUAUUUUUUAUUUUACUCCUUCGGGAAAUGUUUGCUUGAAAAGGUUCAGUUCUUUCAACUUUUUAUAUUUGUCUCAUUUUUUGAUGUCUUGUUUUUUGUUCACAGACAUUCAGCAGCUGCUGGUGAGUAAAAUGGAAGUUUCCUCUGAGCUGGAGGAGAAUCCAGACCAGGAGGAACCGGAUAAACCCCCACACAUCCAAGAGGAAUGGGAGGGACCGCAGCAUGAAGGAGUGAAGGCGGCUGGUAACAGCACAUCCACCUCUGCCUCAGUCCCUGUAAAGACUGAUGAAGAUGAGGAGAAACCUCCGUCCCCACAGCUCCAUCCAGGUCAAAUAAACAGUAAAUAACUUGAAGUUAUUUAUCUUGUGAAAAUGCAAAGUGAGUGGUGUGCUUUUGGUUUGUGAAGCAUGAAUGAAAACUGUUUUGUAAGAGAUGUAUGAAUUUUGUGUUAAAAGUUUAUUGAAUUUCCUUUGUUUCCACAGGUGUCCAGCAGCUGUUAUUGAGUGAAACAGUGACACCCCCUCAUCAGCAGGACAGGACUCCCACUCGAGACCAGAAGGAUCCACUAAAACAACUCAUUAAAGAGGAACAGUAUGAACAGGUGGGACUGUGGAUCAGUCAGGAGGGACAGCAGCUUCAAGGAGCAGAGGAGGCUGAGAUAAAGUUUGCCUCUCAUCCUGAUGCUCUGAAAGGUGAUGAAGUUUAUGAAGAGGAGAAACCUCAGACCUCACAGCUUCAUAAAAACCAAACUGAAGAGGACAGAAACACAGAGGCUGAUAACGAGGACUGUGGAGAAUUAGAGGAGACUGGAGACUCCUCAGAUUCGGAUACUGAUGACAGUGGUGAUUGGGAGGAGACCCGUGAACCUCAAUCUGGUUCAGACCCUCAGCAAAACAGAGAAGUAUCUGACAGUAAUAUUGGAGAAGCAUCAGAAGAUGUCUCAGGUGGUGCUGCAUGCGCGAGGGGAAAUCCCAAGACUUCAGACAAAGCCUAUACAUGCAAAGUUUGUGGUAAAACAUACCAGCAGGAGUGGUACUAUAAGAAACAUUUCAGCAGAGUACAUCCAGAUGGGAAAUAUUUUCCCUGCCUAGUCUGCAAAAGAACAUUUCACAGACCAAACAGGGUCGUGAUCCACAUGAGAAAACACACCGGGGAGAAACCUUUUAAAUGUUCUUAUUGUGAACUAGCUUUUUCAAGCAAAUUCAACUUAAAGGCACACGUGACGGUUCACACAGGAGAGCAACUUUUCUCCUGCCCAGUUUGUCAGAAAUGCUACAGGUACCGAGGCUCUUUGGACAAACACAAGCAAGCUCACACAGGACUAGCACCGACCUGCUCGUUUUGUCAAAUAAGUUUCCCGACUAAAAAGAAGUAUUACAACCACCUGAGAAUCCACGCCAGGGAGAAACCAUUCAGAUGCUCCAUUUGUGACAAAAGUUUCUCAAAAAAAGACACCUUAGACUGCCACUUGACGAUCCAUAAAAAGGAGAAACUCUUCUAUUGCGGUGUUUGUCAUAAAAAUUAUACUAUGGGCUACGGCAAACGUCACAAAUGUAGGGUAAAAAUAAUCAACUUGGCUAAAAAGCACAAAUGUAAGGUGAAAAAAGUUCAGUGUAAUGCUUGUAACAAAAGUUUUACUCCCUUUUGGGCAAAAAAACACAAAUGUAAGGUGAAAGAAGCCAGCAGGCCGAAAAGAGUCUGGUGCAAUGCUUGUAGUCGAAACUUUACUCCCUAUUGGGCAGAAAAACACAACUGUAAAGGGAGGAAAGUGAAGACAAGAGAAGUUACAGGAGGGGGUUCAAACUUAAGCACUCAGCAGGAACCAUCUGAGCUCCAUGAGGAAGUCUUAGACCCUGUUCAGAGCUUAUAUCAACAUGUGAUGUUUAGUGGUCAGAAGAUAAUGGAACAGCUUCAAGCAGGAGCGUUCAUCCCAUCCAUGAACCAUGAGUCUGCAGAGACCACUAGUUUUGGAUCUUGGUAUCCAGGUAGCACAGAGUCUUACACAAACAUUAAAUGA